AUGUCUGUUGAGGACCAGAUUCUACUGACAUUGAUGCGGCUUCGCAUGGGGUUGCUAAUUGCAGACUUGGCAUUUUGUUUUCAGAUUUCCACUGCUUCCGUCAGCCGUAUUUUUUCGUUUUGGAUCCCACACCUGGCACAGCUUACGAGGAAAUACCUGAUGUUUUGGUUGUCCACUGAGACAAUCAGAAUGUCACUGCCUGAUGUUUUUAGGGAUAUGCCUCGCACGACGUGCAUCAUUGACUGUUUUGAAAUUUUUUCAGACCGGCCACAGAACCUCCUGAGGAGGGGAAAGAUGUUUAGCUUUUAUAAGAGCCACAACACCGUCCAGGUGCUCCACGCAGUGGCACCGAAUGGAUUUGUUAUGUUUAUUUCUAAGGCCUACGGUGGGCGCGCCAGUGACCGCUACAUAACGGCCAACUCCGGACUCCUCGACUAUCUGGAGUAUGGAGACGAAGUCCUGGCAGACAGGGGUUUUACCAUCACCGACAUUCUGCCGAUCGGGGUAGAACUCGCUCUGCCCUCAUUCACGAAGGGGAAGCAGCUGGCAGCACGCGACGUGGUGGUGUCUCGUAGACUGGCCAAGUUGCGAAUACAUGUGGAAAGGUCAAUCCGUCGGAUGAAAUGCUUUCGCAUACUGAACCAUGUGCCCUCGUCAUAUUUAGCAAAGCAAAACAAAAUUGACGACAUUCUUGUUACUGUUGCUGGGCUCUGCAACCUGCAGCCUGCUCUGAUUAAGGAGCCACAGGGUGCAGAAACAGAUGAGUGA